AUGUCGAUACUAUUACCGCUCUAUGUGUACCCUUGGGCAGGCGCAUGGGAUCCACUGUUCACAGCUGCAAAACAACAUCCUGAUGUAGACUUCACGGUGGUCAUCAAUCCCUGUUCUGGUCCUUGCAUUGGCUCUCUUCCAGAUCAAUACUACCUCAGCGCAAUCCCUCAGCUAAGAGCUUACAACAACAUUCGCACAUUGGGAUACGUAGCUACGAACUACACCACCAAGCCGCUCGACGACGUGCUAAAGGAGAUCGAUACGUAUGCCACAUGGCCGAAGGUAUCCAACAACACCAAGUUAAGGGUGGAUGGCAUCUUCUUCGACGAGACGCCGAGCACAUACGACACCUUUAAGUACGACUACCUCAGCCGAGCGAGCCAAGCAGUCAAGAACGGCACCCGAUUUCGCGAUAGAUUCGUCGUCCACAACCCCGGCCUCAUAGAGCCCUCUCUUCUUGCCUCGCCCACAUUCACGCAACAAUCCUACAUCAACAUCUCCGACAUAACCGUCGUGUUCGAGGAGACCUUCGACAAGUGGCUGAAUCGGGCGAACUUCGACGCGUUGCAAGCGCACAGUGUUCGAAGAUCGAAACUCGCAGUUAUAUUGCACAGUCUGCCGGACUUGAGCAAGAGGGUGUUGGACUUUGUAGUAGAACAGGUGCAAGAGGCGGCGGAUUGGGUGUUUUUGACAGAUGUUAGGGUGAAGGAUGAGUAUUAUCACUCUUUUAGUGGGAUCUUUGAGGAUUUGGUGAAGAGCGUUGACGGGGGCGCGGAGGAGUAG